AUUUUGUGGCAUUCUCUCUCUGCGUUGUAGAACAUUUUAGAAAAUGGAGAACAUCGAAGUUAGAAACUUUGUGGACAACGAAUAUGAAGAAAUCCCCGAUUCCUUUACUUGUUGCGUUUGUCUGGAUAUGCUAUACAAGCCAAUUGUGCUAUGUAAGGAAGCAUUAUUUUCUACAAAUACAUAUGAAUAUUAUAUUAGUGUGAUAAAUUCUCACUCAUUCUCCCUCUCUAUUUACAGCUUGUGGUCACAUGUGUUGUUUCUGGUGUGUCUAUAAAUCAAUGAAUUGUUUGCGUGAGUCUCAAUGUCCAAUAUGUAGACAUCAAUACUAUCACUUUCCAACAGUCUGCCAAAUGCUUCACUUUUUGCUUCUUAAGAUUUUUUCUGUUGCUUACAAAAGAAGGGAAAAUCAAAUUCUUGAGGAAGAAAAGAAAUCAGGCCUCUACUCCCCUCAAUUUGAUCCUAAUACAUGUGAAUCACAAGCUAAAUUUGGUCAUGCCAGUAUCCCUUCGUCCUCCUCUAUUAUGAAUUCGGCACACAACUCAUGCAAUGUGAGAACUUCAGAAUGUACGAAACAAUCAGAGUCCUUUGCCCAUAAAGAAGAUGAAAGCAUCAUCAAUUAUGAGCACUCUUCUGAUGGAAAGCCUAACAACAUUAUUGAGACUUCUAUGGAAGGAAAAAAUUUGCUUCAGGAAGAGUUUUCUCUGCAACAGAAAAUAUCAAUUGUAGAUGUGAUGUGUACGACGUGCAACCAAUUACUCUUUCAUCCUGUAGUUCUUAAUUGUGGUCAUGUACACUGUGAAACUUGUGUCAUUAAAAUAGCUGAUGAGAUGCUUAGAUGUCAAGUUUGUCAAAGUCCACAUCCAAGAGGAUUUCCAAAAGUGUGUUUGGAGUUUGAUCACUUUUUGGAGGAACAGUUUCCUAUAGAAUAUGGACAACGAAAAGAUGCUACAGAAUUAAGGCAAAUCGAAGUCAAAGGUUCAUUGGAUGAUGGUAACAAGGGAGAAAAUAUAGAUCGGUGGUCAAAUCUUAAAUCAAAGGUUCACAUUGGAAUUGGUUGUGAUUAUUGCGGGAUGUUUCCAAUACUUGGAGAUAGAUAUAGAUGCAUUGAAUGCAGAGAGAAGAUGGGUUUUGAUCUUUGUGGUGAUUGUUAUAAAUCUCGCUCCAAGCUUCCAGGUCGAUUUAAUCAACAACACACCUCAGAGCAUACGUUCAAGCAUAUACAACCAAAUAUGGUUUAUAAUAUACUGAUGAGACUAGCCACAGGGCAAUUACCGAGCAGUUCUGUUGACAUGGAUUUAUUAGAAAAUUUAGAAAUUACUGAUAGAAUACUUUUGGUUGAUGAUGAUGAAGAUAACCAAAAUGAUUCUGAAGACAGCAAUUGAAAGGUUGAGC